UGGGUUUUAUGCUAGCCAAGUAAGCUAUUUGAUUUUGACUAAAAUAUGCUUUGAGUUGGAUGCUUAUAUUUACUUUUCAGAUACAAUUCCAAUUUGAAAGCGAAGAGCUCGUCUGCAGUGAUACCAACAGUGAAAUGUAUCCUUCCAGAUAUGUUUGGGAAAUGGACUACUGUUACAAGCCUAGACUCAAAUAUGGUUUUCAGUGAUCCGUGAGGAGAAUGGACAACUGUAAGAUGCAAACCUACUGGUGAUUAAUGGCCAACUGUCACAUGGAACAUGAAGGGAGGGUCUUUGGUAUAAACACAAGCAUGUCCUCAGAAUGCAGCCAGUGAUCUGUGAGUAUGUUAAUUUAUCCUAACAUGAGCGAAUGCCACCUGCUAACAUGCCUUACACAAGAUCACUUUGAGUCAUCUAUACUUUUGAAAUGACUUCAAUGAAUUUGGAAACAGGAGGAGAAGACUGCCACGGAAAAGCUAGAAGAAAGCAAACAUUCAUCGAGCAGAAGAAAAGGAGAGUCUGCACAGAAUGGAGAAAAACAUGUUCCCGUUUGGCAGCACAGAGCAGGAGGAAGAAGGAGAGUCAACUGUUCAAAGAGUUAACUGCUCUUCUGCCUCUGGACUUGAGUAUGGACGGUCAGCGAGACAAAGCUUCGGUAAUACGUCUCACAAUUGCUUACCUGCACCUGAGGGGUCUUUUGGACACCACAGACUCCUUGAUGAAACGUCCUUCACCAGGAGUGUCGGAUAAAUCUCAUGAGAGGGAGUUGCUAGAUUCUGCCCUCGGAGGGUUUGUGGUUUUGUUGUCUUUGAAUGGCAAGGUCAUCUUCGCCACUAAGGGCUUAACUACCCACACAGGAAUUAACCAGAUGGAUCUGAUCGGAAGGAGCUUGCUUGAGUUCUUGCACCCAUGCGAUCAGAUGGAGGUCAAAGACAUCCUCACGAGACUGAUUGGGAACCAAGAACCACAAAAAUGUGAAGUGUUCCUCAGGAUAAAAAAGGCAAUGAACACGAAACUGACUGGUUGGAAAAUUAUUCAGUGUUCUGGAAAGAAAAGGUCAUCUGCUACACCUGGAUCCAGUUGUCUGGUUCUUGAGUGCAGGGUUCUGCCCAUUCAGGAGAUCACAGAAGUGGAUGAAGCAUUGAAUGCAUGUACAUUUAUGAGCGUUCACAGCCCUGACAUGACGUUCACCUACUGCCACUCAAGGGUCGUGAAAUUGAUCGGCUUUCGAGACACAGAUCUGUUGGGUCAAUCUGUAUACCAGUACUAUCAUCCAUCUGACUGCCAGCAAAUCCGCAAGGCACACAUUUGCUUGCUCUCCAAGGGUCAAGUGUCGACCGGGAAAUACCGGCUGCUGCACAGAUAUGGAGGUUAUGUGUGGGCAGAAACAGACGCCUCACUGGUGUGCAACAGUCAGACUGGUGUGCCAGAGAGUGUCGUCUGCAUCAAUUACAUUCUAAGUGAAGUAGAGCAGCCCAAUUUGCCAUUUUUACUGGAGAAGACAGAACAACUUCUGAAACCAACAUCUAGCUCCUAUUGUCCAGAGACAGAACCUGCCCCUUUUCCGCCAUCUAGAGGCCAGGAGGGUGAGAAAGAUCUCAAGGAAUCGAACGAACACAACAGUUUUAUAACACAUCUGAAACAAAGAGAUGGUGACAUACAGGAAGUUGAAUGUACAGAGAUCCCACAUAACACAGAAGGGUGUUAUGAUUUCAAUUGUGAUCAGUGUGAGUUAGACUUGGACAGUCUUGCUCCAUACAUUCCCAUGCACGGAGAGGACUUCCUGCUAACUCCCAUUAUAGACAGGGCGAUGGACAUGCCAGAAUUAAACACGUGUAGACCAUCAUGUAGCAGUCCAUCUCAAAACCUGGAUUCUUCAGAGGGAACAACCGUUCUGCCAGUGAAGAGUCUUAAUUCUACCCAACAAAGUGUCAGUAAUUCUUUUCAGACAAAAAGAAUCAGCGAUACUAACCUGAUAUCAACCAAGCAGUGGAGUGACAGCUUUGACCUUGUCAACAAAGUUUCAAAGGUUUAUGAUUACGAUCCUAAACAACAUAAUUAUCAACUAUUUUCAUCUGAAACCAAGGCAAAUCAUUGGGUGGAGGAGGCUCUGAAAUUUCCACAACCCAACAGAGUUCAUUGGAACAUCGAUGGAUCAACACCACCAUGGAUAUGUGACGGACACUUGAAUCAUCUUGAACCGAAGUUCAGAUCACUUCCAGAGAAAACCAAUUGUCCUCCUCAAAAGAGAAGACACCAACAUGAAGUAAAAACAGCCGCGGCACUUUUGACUCUGCCUGUGUUGAGCGGAUGGGAGUGUGAAGUCAACGCUCCUCUCGAACACACAUCAUAUUUACUCCAAGGGACAGAGAUUAUGGCCGUUCUGGACCAAGUAGCCUCCAGAGUGCCUUGGUGCUGAUGAUUCAAAACAAAAGACUUAAUGUUUAUGCUUGGUCAGCAAUGCGCUUUUAUUAUAUCAAUGCCUGUGCGAUAGGAGUAAUGGACUAUAGUGUUUUUCAGUCAACGAUGAACGUCCGGUGAAAGUCUAUUCUGGUGUGACUAUUUUCAAAUUCAUAAGGUUCCUUUUACAGCCUUGAUGUUGUAAUGUAGUUAAAAUAAUUUGUAUGGGAUGACAAUUAACCAGAAGCCCUGGGGCUGGCUGACUGAAAUUAAAAGUCUGUGUCCAUGUACCCCAUUAUUUUAUUCAUCUAAUAAUGAGAUUGUAAAUGACUAUGUUGUUGAUACACAUGACUGGUCAAAGAAUCAGUUUAAAACAACAGGAUUGUGUUUAAAAACGUCUCUUAUGCUCAGUAAACCUGCAUUUAUUUGAUGCAAAGUAAAGCAAAACAGUAAAUAAUAUUUUUAUUACGUAAAA